AUGGUUGGGGGUGAGGGGACAUCAGCCGCAGUGGAGGAGCUGGUGAAGGGGUCGGGGCAGGUGGCCGAGUUCGCCGAGCAGUUCCGCGCUUACUCAGAGAGCGAGAAGCACUGGCAGGCCCGCAUGGAGUUCAUCCUGCGCCACCUGCCACAUUACCGGCAUCGGCCCGACGGCGGCAGCCGCCUGGACCAGCCGCUGGCGCUGUCCAUGGUGUGGGGCCACCCCCUCUUCCUGGGCUGCGGUUACAACAAGGAACUUUUAGACAAGGUAAUAGAGAUGGCUGAUGGAUCAAAGUAG